AUGGGACGUUCCAUUACUAUUGCAACCUGUAAUCUUAAUCAAUGGGCAUUAGAUUUUGAAGGAAAUAGAGAUAGAAUUGUAGAAAGUAUUAUCGAAUCAAAGAGACAAGGAGCAAGACUUCGAGUUGGGCCAGAAUUAGAACUAUGCGGAUACGGAUGUUUGGAUCAUUUUUUGGAGAACGACCUCUACGAUCAUUGCUGGGAAACAUAUAGUGAGAUUCUCAGUAACCCAGAAACUCAUGAUAUUCUUAUUGAUAUCGGUAUUCCAAUUAUUCAUAAAUCCAUCAAAUACAACUGUCGGAUUAUAUCAUACAAUGGGAAAAUUCUAUUGAUUAGACCGAAAUUGUGUUUGGCUAACGAUGGAAACUAUAGGGAAAUGAGAUUCUUCACCCCGUGGAAUAGGCCGAAGUAUUAUGAGACAUAUCAAUUGCCAGAAUCCAUUUCUACGAUUACAGGUCAAUCAAGUGUCGUGAUUGGAGAUUGUAUUAUUAAUACUAAGGAAACAAAGUUAGGAUGUGAAACUUGUGAAGAAUUGUUCACUCCAAAAUCUCCUCAUAUAGAUAUGGCACUAGAUGGCGUAGAGAUCUUUACAAACUCGUCGGGUUCUCAUCAUCAAUUAAGGAAAUUGGAUACAAGAUUAAACCUUAUUACAGAAGCAACUACAAAGUGCGGUGGGGUAUAUCUUUAUUCUAACCAAAAGGGAUGUGAUGGUGAUCGAUUAUAUUAUGACGGUUCUGCUUGUAUUAUAGUCAAUGGAAAGCUUGUUGCUCAAGCCUCGCAAUUCUCAUUGAAGGAGGUUGAAGUCAUUUCUGCGACUAUUGACUUGGACGAUAUUAGAGGCUAUAGAAACCAAAAGUCUUCGGGCCUACAAGCCGUGAACCAGGUCGACAAAUAUAAGACGAUUGACACUAACAUUUUAUUGUCUCCAUCGUCAAAUAUUUUCGAUCCUUUAGUACGGCCAUCGCGGCCGAAAGAGAUAAAGUAUCAUUUGCCUGAAGAAGAAAUUGCCUUGGGUCCAGCUUGCUGGCUAUGGGACUAUUUGAGAAGAUCAAAAUGUGCUGGGUUCUUUUUACCAUUGAGUGGAGGGAUAGAUUCUUGCGCAACUGCAGUUAUUGUGCAUUCGAUGUGUAGGCUUGUUGUGGAAUCUAUAAGGAAUAACGACGAGCAAGUCUUGAAAGACAUCCAAGCCCUAACUCAUGAUCCAUCAUUUAUCCCCCAAAAGCCUCAAGAUGUUGCAGGUAGAUUAUUUUAUUCAAGUUUCAUGGGGACUGAAAAUUCAUCUAAAGAGACAAGGGCUAGGGCCAAGGAUUUAGCUGAGGAUAUUGGAUCCUACCAUGUUGACAUGAAUAUGGAUACUUUAGUUGCUGCUGUUGUAUCAGUUUUCCAGGUAGCAACAGGUAAGAAGCCAAUUUUUAAGAUAUUUGGUGGUUCUCAGACGGAAAAUCUUGCAUUACAAAAUAUCCAAGCCAGACUAAGAAUGGUGCUAAGCUAUUUAUUUGCUCAGUUGUUGCCUUGGACAAGAAAUAUUGCUGGUGGUUUACUAGUUUUAGGAAGUGCAAAUGUAGAUGAAUGUUUGAGAGGCUAUCUAACUAAAUAUGAUUGCUCCUCUGCAGACAUAAAUCCUAUAGGUGGGAUUUCUAAAACUGACCUAAAAAGAUUUAUUCAUUGGGCAGAAACUAAUUUUGAAUUGCCAAUUUUGAAGGACUUUCUUGAUGCCACACCCACGGCUGAAUUAGAACCAAUUACUGAGAACUACGUCCAAAGUGACGAAAUCGACAUGGGUAUGACUUAUGACGAAUUAUCAAGAUUUGGUAGGCUUAGAAAAGUUGAAAAAUGUGGACCCCUUGAUAUGUUCCUUAAACUAUAUCAUGAAUGGUCUCAGCCGCCAUUAAACCUAACAGCACAGCAAGUAGCAGAGAAAGUUAAGAGAUUCUGGUUCUUUUAUGCAAUUAAUAGGCAUAAGAUGACAACGAUGACUCCAUCAUACCAUGCUGAGCAAUAUUCACCUGAUGAUAAUAGAUUUGAUUUGCGGCCGUUCUUAAUUAAUCCAAGAUUCCCUUUAGCAUCCAAAAAAAUUGACGCGAUUGUCAAAGUGAUUUCUCAAAGAGAGGAGGCCAUCAAGCUGAGUAACUUGAGUGUAGAUUAA